AUGGAUUGCUUUUGCCUCUAGCCAAGGCUGUUGAGUUGAACCCCGAGGUUUGCAAGUGCAGCAGUGGUAGACGUGGUGCUCAAGGUGUUGUCCGGCGACGUGAGGGGGUUUGCACCGCUGUGACUGAAGGGGAUACGCUGUUGUAGAGUCCUAAAGUAAAACGUGCAAAAAUGUUGGACUUUGCCAUCUUUGCUGUAACAUUCGUAAUUAUCCUCGUCAGUGCUGUUCUUUAUUUAUAUCCGGCUUCGAGGCAAGCUUCAGGAAUUCCAGGAUUGACCCCUACGGAAGAAAAAGAUGGAAACCUUCCAGACAUAGUCAGCAGAGGCAGCCUACAUGAAUUCCUGGUUAGUCUUCACGAGAAAUAUGGGCCAGCUGCCUCCUUCUGGUUUGGGCGACGCCUGGUGGUCAGCUUGGGCUCGAUAGACCUCCUCAAACAGCACAUCAAUCCCAACCGGACAUCCGAUCCCUUUGAAACUAUGCUGAAGUCGUUGCUAGGAUACCAGUCCGGGCUCAGCGGGGAUGCAGCGGAGAGUCUCAUGCGCAAGAAGGUUUAUGAGAAUGGAAUCAAUAAGGCGCUGGAGCACAACUUCAAUCUCAUUCUUAAGCUAGUGGAUGAGCUGGUGACGAAGUGGGCUGCCUUCCCAGAGUCCCAGCACACCCCACUGUGCGCCCACCUCCUCGGUCUGGCCAUGAAGUCCGUCACCCAGAUCGCCAUGGGCGACCGCUUCCAAGAGGACCACGAGGUGAUCCGGUUCCGCAAAAACCACGAUGCCGUUUGGUCAGAGAUUGGGAAAGGCUACUUGGAUGGAUCUCUUGACAAAAGCACAACAAGGAAGAAGCACUACGAGGAUGCUCUGUCAGACAUGGAGACGGUGCUGAAGACAGUGGCCAGGGAGAGAAAAGGAAAGAGUUUCAGCCAUCUUGCCUUCAUUGACACACUGCUACAGGGCAACUUCACUGAGAAACAGGUUGUAGAAGACAGUAUGAUUUUCACUCUGGCUGGCUGUGUGAUCACUGCUAAUUUGUGUAGCUGGGCCGUUUACUUCCUGUCGACCUCAGAAGAAGCUCAGGAAAAGCUUUUCGAAGAGCUCAGCCAGGUCCUUGGAGAAGAUCCCAUUUCAUUGGACAAGAUAGAUCAACUCAAGUACUGUCGGCAGGUGCUGAACGAAACAAUACGAGUAUCAAAACUCACCCCCAUCGCAGCCCGACUGCAGGAGGUGGAGGGGAAAGUGGAUCAGCAUGUCAUUCCUAAAGAGACUCUGGUGAUCUAUGCCCUGGGGGUAGUUCUCCAGGAUAAUGCCACAUGGACCUUGCCCUACAGGUUUGAUCCAGACAGAUUUAAUGAAGAGUCUGCCAGGAGGAAUCUCGCUGUGCUCGGCUUCUCUGGGAGCCAGGAAUGCCCAGAGCUGAGGUUUGCCUACACUGUAGCCGCAGUGCUGCUCAGCACUCUUGUGAGGAAACUGAAGCUUCAUCAAGUCCAGAGCCAGGUGGUGGAGGCACGGUAUGAUCUCGUCUCCACUCCCAAGGAUGACAGCUGGAUCACAGUGAGCCGGAGGAGUUAGGUCCGGCCAGGCUGGCUAUUCAAGAGGUCCAGUCGCACAGGGGUGCAACAGAUAUUUGGUUUCUGCAGGGGUGGCUGAAAAUCUACCUUGGUGGAAUGCCUGAUGGCAUCCUGACCUUUCACAGGAGAUCAUGACUUUUUUCUAUCAGAUUCUCUUGAACUGUUAACCAUUCUAGUACACUCACUAACCAAAAUAUUAAGAACUCCCAGUAAAUACAUGGUGGUCUUCAGGAAUAUGAGGCAGACCUCAAUUACCUUCCCUGAGCAAACGCCUGAUCUCAACCCAACUGAAAAGCCUUGGAACCACAGCAUCACCAGACCUGAAGACGAUCAUGUUAGAAGAAUGGGGUAACACCGGACUGCAAAUAUUUCAGAAGCAUGAGGCAUACAUACAGAGGCCCAACAUUUUUCAGUGGGAAUUCCUAAUAUUAUAACCAUUUAGUAUAUAUUAAAUGCUCAUCAUGCUGACUGCUUGCAUCUAAUUUGAUGGUUUGAUUUAAAGCCAGGUGGAGUACGAGCAUCUUUCAUAACUGAAGUCUCUGACAUUUCAUUACCCAAGCUGGAGUAUGUCCAGGACUAAACUAAAAGAGAGUUUUGAAUGCUGAGAAAUACUGAGGAAGCAGAUAAGCACCAGGAACAUCAUAGGCAGCAAUCCAUGUAUUGAUCUGGCACAGCCGCCUCCCAGCAUAGUACAGCUUUCAGGUGCAGUUUACGGGAAUCGAUUUGCAGUAAGCAUCUUUGACUUCCCUGUAGCAGAUCUGUCUUUCUCUUCAUUCAGCAUGUUCGUGUCUCUUCUGUAUAGUGUAAGACCUUGUAGGAAAAACAAAGCCCAUCUUAUUCAAGGGCUAGAUGUGUUUCUCAAAAUGUGCAGAGAAGAGUAUACUAAGGGCUGGGCGAUGUGGCCGGUUUUGAGCCACUCGUAUUCUCAGGAGCAUCAAUUAAAGUGUUAAACCCCAGGGAUCCCAUUAGCUGGAUCCUUGUCCUUAUGUCAUAAACCAAUCAGGCUUUGAUCAUGAAGCAGUCUAAUGACUUUCCUAAUUAUUUCUCCUGCAUGUUUUGACAUAAAACUUGGAAUUAUUAAAAUUGUGGUAUGACUGCU